UCGUUACUAAUAACUUUAGUUGUUACUUUGCGACUGCUCUGUCAUAAACUUUCGCAACGGCAAAAAUCAUGAUUUCUACUACUACGUAAAAAUGAAUCAUGCGCAUGCAUGAAGAAGCUAGUAAAUUUAAUCAUAUUGUGUUCGUGUUACAAGUUAAUGUCUGAUACAGAACAUUUGUUUAAGGUUAGAAAAAAACCGACAUUCGAGUUAUAGAAGUCUUGUACAUAUUUCUUUCUGUUCAUGCAUAUGCAGUUUUAAUGUUUGAAUUCAUUUAAAUGGCAUUCUUAAAAAACUUAACAAAUUUAUGUCUUUAUCGAAUACAAUUCUAUUGUGUACACAAUGCACCAUCAGCUUUUUUUUCAAUGUUUCAUCGUUUUAAGAGGAACCAAAAAAUAAUAAGCAGAGAUACUAUCGUAACUUUACAAAAACAGUAUGAAGAAAAGUUAUUAAAUUCUCAUGUAUCAAAGGAAACAUGGGAAGGGUUAAAGAAAGAUUUAUUAGAUAUGCAGCGUUUUGAACCAACAUCUGUUGACACUGUUAUCAUGGAGUUAUGCUGCGAUGAAAGAUUUGUAGAUGCAGGAUUAUCUUAUUACAAUUUUAUGAUGCAAAAUAAUCCUCAACUAUCUGCAGCUAUUACUAGCAAAUUGUUUAAAUUGUAUGAAAAAAAACCGAGUCCAAUUACAGAAGCAGAAAAAGUAUACCUUUCAGAUCUAUAUAAAACUAUGAUAGAACGAUAUGUAGUAUUAGACCAGUUGACAACUUCUUAUUAUAUUGGAGUUUUGUGUAAAACUGGCCAAUGGAAAAAAAGCAUUGAUGUUAUCAAAUAUUAUGAAGGACAUAACUCAAAAUUUCUUAAAAUUGGGUAUAGUUCCUUGAUUAAUUAUUUUCUUGAAAAUGGCAUGAUGAAACUUGCAGAAAAAUAUUUACUUUGCAUUUUUGAAAGAAGUUAUGCACCUUGUAAUGAUGUAUAUAUUAACUACUUGAAAUAUUGUUUAAAAGAAAUGAAAACAUUUAAUGAAAAUAUUGAGAAAUUAUUUACAUUAUGGAGAGACUAUGAUAUAAAACCACAUAUGGAUGUUGUAACAGAAUAUAUGAAGACUUGUAAUGCAGUUGGUUGGUUUGCAGAAAUAACAACAAUAAAAGAUUCAAUGUGUCAAAUAUGUAAACAAAAUCUAUCAGCAGCAAAAUUAUCUGAAGAGGAGUUUGAGUAUUUGUCUAAUUCUGUAAUGCAAAAAUUUUUGGUUGAUAAGAAUUAUGAGAUAAGUCACCCAAAAGAACUAAAACGCUUUAUUGAUUUUAUCGAUAAGACUAAACCAUUUGAUGUUGUAAUAGAUGGAUUAAAUGUUUUAUAUUCGAAUAAUAAUAGUUCACAUUCACAGAAAUAUAUGAAUGUGCAGAGACUUUUUACCAAUUUUGUGGACCAAAAGGUGCUUAUUAUUGGACGGCAGCACAUGAAAUGUAUUCCAAUCGUAAAAAAUUUGCAAGAACAAGCAACUUUUUUCUUUGUAGAUAAUAUAUCAAAGGAUGAUCCAUUUUUGCUAUAUGCAGCAUUAGCAAGUAAAAGUAAUACCAAAAUUAUAUCCAAUGACUUUAUGCGUCAACAUAAAUUUUGCCUUGAUGAUUCGAAAUUACGUAUUCUUUUUAAGAAAUGGCAAUGCACACAUCAAUACAAAAUGGUUGAAAGUCGAAACUCCGUUCAAUUGAAGUUGCUUAACAGUGUUGGAUGUGAUGGUUUACAUUACGUACAUUCUGGCGCUCAAAAACAUAACAAUUGUUGGCAUGUACCAUUUCAAAAUGCUUCUACCACCGCAAUGAAUGUAGAAUAUGUACAUGAAAAGAAUUGGAUUUGUUUUAACAUGUGUAACAGCAAAUCUAGAUAAAUAAUGAAAAGUAUACAUAUUUUGUUACAACAUUCUAUAAUUCUCAUUGUUAGCUAAGUAUUUUGAUCUUUCUACGUAAUUCAGAAAGAGCAAGAUUAAAACAAAAUAACCUAAUCCAAAACUAUUGUCACAUACGUGUGAUUCUGUAGAAUCUAAUAAAAUAAAAGUAGAAAAAGAAUUUUACAACAACCAAAAAGCAACUUUUUAUCAAUUAAAAUGAAAUUAACAUUUUCACGAAUCAACAAGUAAUGCGUGUCUUUAAAUAAUUUAAAAUAAGACGAAGGAUUUUCGUCGUGGGUAAGACCGAGCUAAUGACUUCGAAUUUAAAAUAGUUUCUUUAAGUAUCGGAUAAAAUUGUUAAUAAUAACAACCCUAUACGUUAUGUAAGAGGGAAAAAGACUGUUCUACGUUUGCUAACUUUACCAAUUUCAGUAGUUUGGUUAACUAUAAUUUCUAAAGCCACCGUUCUUCAAACAUAAAGAUUGCUUUAAAACUUGAUGAUUGGGAUGUUAGUUCAUUAAACGAUAGGUCUAUUCUACAUCUCUUUUAUGAUGUACAGCUAGGAUUACAUAAGUCAGAAAAUAAAAAUGCCUAGGCAGUUGAGAUUCGAAAUUGUAUGCCAUUGACGUAAGAUCGGACUUCAGCUGUUCAUGAUCGAGUAGGAAAGGCACACAUUUACGUUCUUUCUCCACUCCUCAAAGUUGUUCGAAACACCAAUUGGACAUUUCGGAUGAAUUGAGGAAGAAAGUAAAUGUGAGCCUUCCUCUCGCAACUUCCUCGAGACGUUCGAAGUGCACUGCAUCCGCGCUCGCUUCGGGCAGUUUCGGAGAAUUCAGAAAGAGGGCGAGUGUCAGUUUGUCUUUCUCGACACUCCGAACUCUACGAGCGUUCACGUACGCUCGCUCUGGCAUAGUGUGCGAAUGUGGAAUGAGGACGGUGUACCGAGAUUGGAAACGCAUUUUCCAUAUUCCUAUAAAUAUUUUCAUCUCAACGAUUUCAACGGUUUUGAAUACAUAUUCCGAUUUUUGAGUAUUUUGGUGUAAAAUCAAUUUUAGUUAUCUAUUUGAGUUUCUUAUUGGAGAACCCUUAGUAACAGGCAACUCGGUAUUUAC